GAACAACCUCGCAGUAUGGCGAAUAUUAAGCAAGCACAAUAUUGUUGAUCAUCAUUGUUGAGAAGAUUGUUGUGCAUUCUGAUCGGUUUCGAAAUUGCGAUUGGAACUUGGAAGUUUGUCCGUCAAAAUUCUCACAAAAAGUAUUAACGUAUAGAAUUUCGCUUCAUAGAAAUUUUCGACAACUUUUUGCUAUCUAUCUCAUAACGGGAAAGCUCAUAAAACGCUGAAGGAAUCAUGGAUCAAAUGGAGUUCGAACAGGAAGAAGUCAAGGUGUUGACGGUGACCGUUAUCAAAGCAAGUGGAGUACAAACUGGUUUGCGACUUGGGAAAGGUGAAAAGUUGAAAUUAUAUGUGAAGCUAAGAGUUCGCUCGAGUCCUAAUGGAAAACAACACACAACUAUGAAGAAAUACGAGGUUGAUCCUGUAUGGAAUGAAACUUUUACAUUUCAUUUGAAUCCAGACAGAGAAAAUACCUUGGAAGUUACAAUGAAGGAGGACAAUCAACUUACACAAAAUACCAAUAUUGGGAAAGAAGAGAUUCCGCUGGAUACUUUACUCUUAAAUGAAAGUACGAACAAAAAACUCACACUGAACAAGAAAACUGUCUUAGAAAUAUCCGUGCUUAUUUCGACAAGUAACGCCAUGGAUUUGCGCAUCAGUCGAGAUAUUUGUACUGAGGAGAAGCAGUUUCAAAAUAAAAGAGUUAAAAUUGUGAAGAAAAAUAUGUCGAAGCUUAACCUAGGAAAAAAGACACCUAAAAAAAGUAGACAGGUGCCAGUUAUUGCUAUUAUGGGAUCUGGAGGUGGAUACAGGGCCGCUUGUGGAUUUUCAGGGGCAAUGGUUGCACUUGAAGAGUCCGGAAUUUUGGACUGUUCUACGUAUAUUGCUGGAUUGUCAGGAUCUUCGUGGUAUAUUUCAACUCUUUAUGCCAACAAUGAAUCGCCAGAUGAACUUUCCUGCGAUCAAAUGGCAACACACCUGAAAACAAGAUUUGAUACCAAACUGCACAGCCAUUUUCGUAUGGAAUUUAGAAAACGCAUGAAAGAAAAAUCCAAAACUGGUCAGUUAGUUAGAUUUACUGAUUUCUUUGGUAUGGCAAUUGGACAUGCUUUGCUGGAGAAAGAAGAUGCUAAACUGAGUGAGCAAGUUGAAAAAGUAAAAGAUGGAAAUUUUCCACUGCCAAUUGCAACAGCUCUUCGUGUCAAAAAAGAUGUCAAAGCUUUGGAUUUCAACGAAUGGGUGGAAUUUACGCCUUUCGAAUAUGGCUCUCCAAGAUUUGGUGUUUUUGGAAAAACGUCACACUUUGGUGGAAAGUAUUACAAAGGCCGUUUAGUUACAGAGUAUGGCGAACCUCCAUUGCAUUUUCUGCAAGGUGUGUGGGGAAGUGCUUUCAGCAUCAUAUUGAAUUCAUUGAAAGAAGAUGACGAAAAACGUGGCAAAAAUCACAAAGAUGAAUUAGUGUCUGCAAUCAAGAUAGAUGUAGAUAACUGUAAGACAGAAGAUAAUGACAGCGAAGACGAAGACAAAGACAAAAAUAAGCCCGAAGACGAAGUAGACAAUAAAGGUUGGGUGACGCAGAUGUUGAACCCCAAAAAUAUUUUUGCAACUCGCAAAGGAAAAGCCGCUGAAUGCUUUGACUUUUGCCGUGGACUCAAGUUAAAGAACAAAAACGGAACUGUUGGUGGUAAGGACGCUGUAUUCAAGAAUAAAACCAUGUGUGUUGUUGAUAGCGGUAUAGCUUUCAAUUCACCAUUUCCUGUUCUACUGAGACCAGAAAGAAAAGUUGAAUUAAUUUUGUCGUUCGACUUCAGUCAAAGAGAUAAUGGAGACAAAGAACCUCCUUUUCAUGAACUGUUGAAAGCAGAGAAAUGGGCAAGAGAAAAUAAAUAUCCCUUUCCAAAUAUUAAGGAUAAUCCGGUGGUCAAAGAUUCAGAGGUCAAAGAUUCUGAAAUUCGUGAAUGUUAUGUAUUUGAAGAUGAAAAUGAUCCGAACUGCCCAAUAAUUUUACAUUUUCCAGUUGUAAACAACUCAUUUCGAGAGUAUCUUAGCCCAGGUGUGAAGAGAGAGAAAGAUGACGACAUAGAGUUUGCAAACUUUGACAUUUUUGACGACCCCGAUGAGCCUUAUUCCUCCUUCAAAUUUGAAUACAAGCCCAAAACGUUCGAAAGAUUGCAUGAACUAAUGAAAUACAAUACGCUCGUGAGCAUUGAUCUGAUCAAGGGAAAAAUAAUCGAUAUUGUAAAGUACAGGCGAAAGCACAGAAAGUAUGCUAAGAAACACUCAUUAAAGGAAAAAAAUGUUAACAAUAGUUUUAGUCCCUUCACUUGUAUACCAAAAUACCAAAAUAAUCCACAUCGUAUAAACCAACCUAACAUUUAAACUAUAAGUUGUUAGUGCCCGUUUGUAGUGUUAGUAGAUUAAUUUGCUUUAUUAUAUGUAAUUCCACAGACUUACAUUUGUAUUACAUAAUAAGCGUGUAUGUAACUGAUGUAGUACUUACGUAGGAGUAAAGCUCAUAAAUAAAUAUGAUCAAAAGUUCAUAAUAAGUAAUAUCUUACAUUUACUUUUCUACUUCCAAUGUCCUAGCUUUAUAUUCAGGCUGAUUUCUAAUGUAAGUACUUACGUAGAGAUAAAGUUCACAAAUAAAUAUAAUCAAAAGUUCA